AUACAUUUUGUAUGAUUAACUCUUCCAGAACUAUCUGUAAUAGAUGCCCAAUGUUUAGAUUUCUUGUUCAGUAGUUCUUGAAAUUUGCAAAAGGAUAUAAAAUGGAAAAAUCCACAGAUCCAGAGGAUUUAUGAAUUGGCAAACACUUUGAAAAUCAGAUGUGUUUUUAUCAGUUUCUAAACAAAAGUUGAAUAUGUGAGAAAAGAUACACCUUUCUGGAAGGAACUAUCCAAAGAAAUAUUAUAACUAAACAAAGAGUAGAAUAUGUCUCAGAAUACUAUUAUUACAUACUUUCAAAGGAGAAAAUAUUAAAUUACAUAAUAAGGACUUAUUUAGUAACUAAAAUAAUUAGUUAACAGUGGAUGUCGGUAGACAAUUUAGCAACUGAGAAACAAAUGCCUUCCUUCCAAAAGCUAUUGAUAAAAUUCAAAUACUAAGUUCACAGGACUUUCUACUUUUAUCAAGUCUGAAUGGUUACAUACACAGCUGUAGGUUUGGCAAAUCUAGAGAUUUAUGGCAACCAUGAAAGAAUUUUGAUUUAUGUUGUAAAUGGAUUUGUUUUAAAAAAUAAUUUAUAUGGCCACCUAAGAGACUGUGAUUCUGAUUCUGAGGUGACAUACAAAUAUUAAUAUUAUAUUAGCUAAAAUACUGGCUCAAGCGCAUUUUUGGAUGAGAUUCACUUUUUCACGCAAAAAUAAAGGUUUUUGUUCCUUUUUUGUCCUCCAAAUUGUUUUGCUCACCAUUGAAUUUCAUGUACCAAUUGAUUACAUCUACUUCUUUCAACUAUUUGUUUUUCUUCUACUAGAUAAAUUAGAUUAGGAUUAUUAACCAAUGGUUGACAGUUCAUUCUACAAAUUUAAGUUAUUGCUGUAAUCACAAUGUCAUAUCGCAUCAAUUAUGUCCACUGUGGGCAAAAUCCUUUGGGACAUGACAUUUUGAUACCAUAAAAAGAAACAAGAGUUAAAAUCAAAUUUUAUCCUAGUUUAUUGCUUGCCCAGUUCUGUUUAUGAUGGCCUGAAAAAAAGCCUGAUGUUAAACAAAAAAUUCAGGGUUGCAACAGACCUACCAUUUCACAUUUCAUGUAUCCACCUUUCAUUACUCUCAAAUACAUAUUUAGAAUUCUAGGCUAGGAAGGGAUUUGGAAAGAUUUACAGGGUUAGGUGGUGGUGAAGGACAAUUAAAAAAGGCAGUGAUGGGGGAGGGGGACAGGCAAGUGGGGAGAGUUGAAGCAGAGUUGACUGAGGCAGAGGAAAAGUGUGAGGACAUCACUUAACAAAGAUGCAGUCUUUGCCUAAUGACCAUAACCAAUCUCCUUGGUGAGAGAAAUUCUGGUUCCUGUUUGGAUCUUUGAGUGAGUCUGACAACAAUACAAUUUGAAUUGCUGUCAGAAGCUACUGGACUUAAUUGGAAUUGACUUAUUGUAAAAUUUGUAACAUCCUUUUCUUCAAUUAGUGUAUUCACAUCCUGUUUCUCCAUUUUCUUUUUCUUUAAUGGAUGUUUUUAUUUUGCACUACAUUACUAUGAUAUGUGACCAAUAAAUGUUAUUUUAAGCUGCUGGUCUAAGGCUUCAAUAAAGUUUUAUCUGUCUAGGCCCCCAAUUUUAAGAUGUGUAGUCUUUGACUCCAGUUGUGGGAUUCAAAUGUGUGAACAACCGGUUCUCUGUGUGGAUGCCACUUUCAGAAGUCCAUUCUGGGCCUGGGCAACAAAAAAAAUUAGCUAUUAGUUCUGCCAAACUGGUACGAGCUGGCAGAAUCCCACUACUGAUCCACUCCAAGAAUUCCCUAGCCUGCAGUUAUACUAUCUCCUCUACAAUCCAUGUUCCCUCCCAAUAACAAUAUAUAUAGCUUUUUAAUAACAAAAUGUAUAUAAAUCUGACGAAUAGUUUCUAUACACGUGAUAAAAGUUCUCCGAUAUAGGCCAUUCUUCUUGAUAAAAGGGAAGUUUAAAUUUUAUCUCCAAAUUUGCUAUUGGUUUCCUUUUCCAGUCCAAAUCUGGCUUCCGUGUGCAGAAAUUAUGCAUUCCAUUCAGACAUUUUGCCAUUUGGAACACUCAAAGCCUCCCAUUUUCCCGCAGGAAACAGUUGAUACGAGAAAAAUCAAUGCCUGUUUUUUAAAAAAGACUUCUGUGGGAUGCCAGGGGAGGCAAUCCGGGUGGAUAAGAAAAAAAAUGAUAAUACCAGGUCGCAAUUGCGCAAAGCCCACAGUAACACCACCAGAACGCUCGGCUUUCGUUUUCAUCACAAUGAGCGGCGUUAACUCAACCCGGAAGCUAAGCCUUUGUUUUCGAUCUGGAAGCGUCUGAAGGAUCUGAGGUCACGUCUCGUUUCCUGUUUGGGGUCGGAGGUCGGCGAUUUCUUCUAUUCUCUAUGGCCGGUGCCCGGGCGCUGGGUGAAAGUGGCAGGGGUGGUGUAGCCGCCAUGGACUAUUCAGUACACGAGGCUUGGAACGAAGCCACCAACAUUUACUUACUGGCGGUGCUGGCCAGCUUGGCCCUGUUGGUGUACGCCCGCAGAAAUAAGAGGAAGAUUAUGAGGAUUUUUACAUUACCUCCAACUGUAGAAAUAUCUGAACCAAAUUUUUAUGACAGCAUGAAAAAAGUCCGUUUUCGGCAGCAAUUAGAGAUGUAUUCUAUUGGUAUUUUGAUCCCCAUGAUGGAAACAAAGAAAGAACAAAGAACAAUCGAUCUAGUGAGGGUGCAAGGAAGAGCAGCAAAGACUGCUCUUAAGGGACUGCAAGGUAAAACAUAUGAAGAACAGUUGCAGAAAUUGGAUAUGUCUAGUCUAAUGAAAAGAAGGACUAAGGGUAACAUGAUACUAGUGUUCCAAUAUCUAAAGGCUGCCACAAAGAAGACAGGGUCAACUAUUCUCAAAAGUACCUUAAGGCAGGAUAAGAAGCAAUGGAUGGAAACUAAUCAGGGAGAGAUCCAACUUAGAAAUAAGGAGAAAUUUCCUAACAGUGAAAAUAAUGAAUCAGUAAAACUGUUAGCUUUCAGGAAAUAUAGGUGUUCCAUCACUGGAGAUUUUUAAAUAAGAGAUUGGACAACCAUUUAUCUGAAAUGGUACAGGGUCUCCUGCUUGAACGGGGUUGGACUAAAAGACCUGAAAGGUCUUUCCAGUCCUGUAAUUCUGUUAAGUGAGAUUUAUAUAAAGCCAAGUCCUAAACAGCUAAUUGGAAGUUUAACUGUGCCUCCAUAUAACUAAGGUCUAGAAAUAUUUUUUUCUGAUUUAAACAGGGCAAUUAAAGGAUAUGACCAGUUCACUUAAUCCAGACAUCUCAAACACAAGGCCUGGGGGCCGGAUGCAGCCGGCGACGUGGUUUCAUGUGGCCCACAUCCUGGAAACAGUGAGGGAAUGGCCCCUGCUGCCUUGGCCCUGGCCCAGGCCGCCCAGGAGUCAAUG